CGCAGCGCAACAUGGCGGUGGUAGCUGUGUCGCUGUUGGCGCUGCUCGCCACUUACUGCUACCGUGUGCCUUCGGUACUCGCCAUACCUGACCGGAAAGAGGGCGAGGAGGGCGAGUGGCCGAUGCGGCGCGCCUACCGGCUGGAGGACUUCCUGUGGACGGGGUCCGGCGACGGCGCGCUGCCCCCACAGGGGCCCGGCGCCUCCGCCGCCCACGCACCCGCCACCACCACCGUGUUCCGCACCACCACCGUGCUCACCACCGUCUUCCCCACCAGCACGCCCACGCUCGUGGUCGUCGUCGUUACUAGCUCGCCAGUAGUUAGCCCGCCAGCGACGAGCAUCCGCCCUACGCCGACGCUGGCGCCGGGCGGCCCCGACCCCGGCUGGACGGCGGAGCAGCGCUACUGGCUGCUCACCGUGGUCAAGCAGCCCCCUGGCCGGCCGCCGCCCACGCUGCGGGAGCUCGAGGCGCGCCUCGCUCGCCUCUACCGCAUCGCCUUCGACAGGCAGCAGGAGCGGCACCUGGGCCUGGUGAACGCGUCGGCGGCGGCGGCGGCGGCGCCGGCGGGUCGGCUGCGGCGGGCGCCGGCCGGGCCGGUGUCGGUGCGGCUGCUGGAGGCGGCGCCGCUGGCCGGCGACGACGCGCCGCUGCGCCUCGUGUACGCCGUCAGCGUGGGCGGCCGGCCCGUGCCCGCCGUCGCCGCCGCCUACGACAUGCGGCUGCUCUCCGACGCCGAGGUGUCCGCCGAGCUGGGCAUGCCCGUGCUCACCAAGGCAGAGCCGUUCCUGAAGCCGGCGGCGGAGCCGCUGCGCAAGCGCGGCAAGCGGCGCGUCGUGAGCGACGCGCAGGCGCCCGGUGCUGGCGGCGCAGACAACAGGGCCUUCGUGGACUCGGAGGGCGCGCAGCGCACGGAGGAGCGCGCUGAGGAGAGCGGCCGCCGACGGCCUUCGCCGCGCCUGCCCGGGGUGGCGCCACCCCCGGGUCCUCCGCCCCCAGUGGCCGCCUCCGUCCGCGAGGAGCAGACGCAGACUCCGCGGCGGCCCGCCAGUGGCUCCAGCGGCUCCAGCAGCGGCGCCUGCUCCUCUGCCAGGGCCUCGCUAGUCCGGCGCCGCGCCCAGCCGGCGCACCACCACCGCAAGCACCGCCACCACCACGACCAGCACCACCGCCGGCGACAGGCGCAGGAGCAGCAGCAGCAGGCGGUAGAAGGAGCUGCGAAGAAGCGGCCACGCCCCGCCGCAACGAGUGUGGAGGAGCCGGAGGCGGAGGACAUGGCGGACGAUGGGGCUCACCCAGUGGGCGACGACGCGGCCGCAGACGUGCCGGAGGACCUGCCGGCGCAGCUCGUCCGGAUCUCCAGCGCUGUCAGCCCCAACUCCUUCCUCUCCAUGCCGUCCAUUAAGGCUUUCCCCAGGGGUGCCAACAUCCCGGAGCCUCUGGCGCGCGUCCUGGAGCCGGUGAGUGUGCGCCACCUGGACUGCGAUGCAAUGGGCGGCGUCGCCCCAGGGGCGGCUAGGCGCCUGGCCCGCCACGGCAGCACCGGCGGUGGCGACCCUGGCGUCGUGGGGCCGCUCGUCUGGCAGCUGCACUGCCGCCAGCUGCAUUAUCAAGUUCUGCUGGAGGAACCAAUUAAAAAUACAGAUACAGAAGAAAUUCCUGAAGAAAUAACACAGCCAGAGACAACAGGUUCAAAUGUAGGUCAUAUGAGGCGUCGUUUCCAUGAGCUGUUGGAUGAUGCUUUUAGCCUCUUUGGAAGUCGCAGUGAAAGUCCUGGACUGGAAGAUGGAACCAGCAGCCCUCCUAUGUUGCACAGAGUCCAUUCAGCAAUUGUCAGGCCAGUGGGUGGGCCACCGGGUGUAUCUGCGCAGCGGCCACACACCACGGAGCUUCGACGACCUGCAACAGCAUCUACACCUCUAACUGCAGCAGCCAGGCCACGUGGAGCUUGGGGAACAGUGGAACACUCUCCACUCUCAAGUGCAGGUCGUUCAAGGCCAUUAAGUGCUGGUCCUUUCCACCGUCCACGUUUACCAACUGCUCCAGAGGUGGACUGUGCUCUAGUACUCUGUGAUUCUCGGCUUGCACCCUCUGAUCCUGCUGUACCUCUCAUUGCUGCCAUAAAGGAGGAGCUGCAGAAGUUUUCUGACAGUGCACAGCCACCUGUUACUCUUCCUGGAAGCACUUCAUCUAAAACGUAACCCAAGGAUCCUAGUACAGGAUACAGAGUCAAAGAGCAAAGAAUUUCAUGGUUGUAUUUCUCCAUGAGCCUGUUGCUACAGCUGAAAUUAUGUUACAUUUGUUGGACAUAUGAACUAACGUAAUUUAAAUACCACUUGAUGGGAAUGACAUAUGCUAGCCAAAUACAGAGACAUGGAUUUCUUACAUGAACUCAGUUGACCCAUCUAAAAUAAUUUUACAGCAUGAAUAUUGCAGAGUAAAGUGAGAAGAUGGUAUGUUUAUAAAUAUGGUAUAUAACUGAAGCACACUUAUUAAUUUCAUCCCACAUAUCAGAUUUGAUAGGUAAACUUGAAAGGCCUUACAAUUUAAACACCCUCAGAUGCUGCAGUAAUGCAGGCAGUUGCCAAAUGUAAACAGAUAAAUCUUGUAUAUUGUUCUGACUUACAUUAGUUAGUUUCAGUGUAGCUAGUACAUUAUUAUCAUGUCUCUUCAAAUGUUUAGUAAUGUUGAUGAUCUUGCUUUCAUAGACAAAGAGGCAUAUUAGGUUUUUAAGGUACAGUUGGUAUGGAACUGUUG